UUAAAAGUCCAGAUGGGAGAGUGAUUAGAAAGAGCCGGUGCUGUGGUGAGGGACAUACGUUCUGAGCUUUGGAGGUGCUUUACCUCAGUCUUCUGUUGCCUCUUUGUUUAACUAGCUUUGCUUCACCAUGAGAGGUGGGGCUGUGAUUGUACUGUGCCUGACCAUAACCACGGCACUUUCCGAGGAAAUCGUCAACACCACGUCCACAGACCAGGAUGACCCGAGCACCGACUCAGACUGGGGCAUUGGAUCCAUCCGAGACAGCUUCGAAGCCAUAAACGGAUACUUUGACUCAUUCCUGGAGUUGCUCGGUGGCAGAAAUGGAGUCUGUCAGUACAAGUGCCGAUAUGGGAAGGCACCUCUUCCGAGACCCGAUUAUAAAGUUCCAGAGCCCAAUGGCUGUAGCUCCUCUUUCCUUGGACUCAAGGUACCAGACACUCUCGACUUAGGGAUCCCGGCCAUGACAAAGUGUUGUAACCAGCUUGACCUUUGCUAUGACACUUGUGGAGCCAACAAGUACCGCUGUGACGCCAAAUUUCGUUGGUGCCUCUAUGGAAUCUGCUCGGAUCUCAAGAAAAGUUUGGGCUUCGUAUCAAAGGUUGAAGCCUGUGAAUCUGUGGCAGAUACCAUGUUCAAUGCCGUCUGGACGUUGGGUUGUAAACCUUUCAUGAACAGUCAGAGAUCAGCCUGCGUGUGCAAUGAGGAGGAAAGAGAUGAGCUUUGAAGAUAAAGGUCGCACCGUGUGUGUGUGUGUGUGUGUGUGUGUGUGUGUGUGUGUGUGUGUGUGUGUGUGUGUGUGUGUGUGUGUGUGUGUGUGUGUGUACAAUGCGACUCUCCAUAACACCAGAAGACCUCUCCUGCUCUGUGAUGACAUAUACAUAUCGCAUUCUUUUCCAUGUAUAUAUGUUGUAACUGUCUUCACUGAUACUUGUACAUACAACACUGGAGCUACCA